ACUUCAUAGAUAGAUUCAAUAUGGGCGCGAAACAAUAUAACUGUUAAUUUACCCGUAAAGUGAUUUUAAUUGAAGUUUCUAGUUUAUAGGAAGUUUUAACCUGGCCGAAGAAAUGCAAUCAACAUCAAGUACCCCAGAUCAAAAGAAUUCAGGCUUUCGGAGAAGAAAGGAUGCCGUCGGAGGUUUUAGAAGUCCAUUAAAUAGCGACCUAGAUAAAGCGGUGAAUAGUUCAGACGAAGAAAGAAGUAGCGUUGACGAUGAUGACUUUAAGAUGUUUGUACUGAGAUUGAAUGUCGUAUUUAUCGGUUUAUCAUUGUCUUUUUGUAGGCUAUCAGAUUCUUUGAAAAAGCAAAAUUUGUCAUGGGCAGAACAAGUUGAAGAAGAAGACUCAAAAGCAAAUCUUAAAGCGCAAAAACUACGAGAUCGUAAUAUAAGAUCGAAAAGAAAGUUGCACCUGAGCGAACAUCAGAACAAGCCGCUAAAAGAUUCAAAUAGAUCCCGACCGUAUCAGCUUCCCGUGGAAAGCGAUACUCAAGUCAUAUCUCGCCGGGAAAAACAAAUUAAUUAUGGAAAGAAAACGUCCGAGUAUCUCAAUUACACUGACAAAGUGAAAAGAAAUCAGAGGAGUUCUCAAGACCCACGAACUCCUGAUAAACUUCAAGUUUGCUCAAGACGCUCUUUCGAUCAACAAAUUAGAAUAUGGCGAAGGCGAUUGCAUGAAUUCGACGAUGAAGAUAAAACUACAAAGAAUUUCAAUAUUGACGAAUGUUUGGAAGCAAUUGCUGAAUAA